AAACUACCCUCAAUCCCCACUUCCCCAUACCCCCACCCGCCUCUCUUCUUCUCUUUCUCUCUCUUCCCCUCUUCUCUUCUUCUUCUCCUUCUCCUUUCUCUCUUCGCCCCCUCCUAUCUCCAUCAUCACCACCACCGCCGCCGCGUGGGAGGUCGGAAUUCACUCCCCAUCCAGCUGCCUGCUUCCACCUACCACCACCUCCGAACUUCUCCUUAUCAUUUUAAUCAUAGAAAACAAGUUUGGGUUCGGGUUUGAGUUUCGGUCUUAGGGUGUAGGUUUGGGUUCUGGUGACGGUGAGAGGGAUUUCGGGUCUAAUUGGGGUUGGGGUUUUGAUUUCGGGUAUGGGUGAGAGGGGGUUUCGAUUUUGGGGCUGGGUGAGAGGGGGUUUCGAUUUCGGGUUUGGGUGGAGGUGGUUCACAUCUGGGGUGGGGGUGAUAGUGUUGGCAACUAAGGUGUGGUUGGUGGUUUAGGUGUGGUGGUGGUGUAAUUGAGGGUGAGUUCAGGUUCAAUCUGUGGAGGUUUGUGGGUUAAGUGGUUGGGGUGGGUUCUGGUUGAUGAGUUGCCGGAGUUGAUGAGUUGCGGAGUUAAUGAGUUGCUUGCCAUUUUGGGGUAUAAGGUCAGGUCAUCAGAUAUGGUGGAACAACAAGCUAUGAGAAAUGUUCGAGAAGAUGGUCUUUCUCAAUUAGCUUCUGAAACUGUUCAUUAUAAUCCUUUAGAUCUGUCUACUUGGCUUGAAUCUAUGUUUUCUGAGUUUAAUCCUUGUACUACUUUUUAUGAUGAUUCGUCGUCAAGUCUGAUUUUAUUACCUUCACCGAUUGGGUUGGUUGUAGAUCCGAUUGUUAAUCCUAAUUUUCUCUCUCAUUUUAUUCAAUUCUCAAUUUUUAUUCUUCUUUUUUCAAUUUUAUUUUUGAAUUUAGAAAUUAUUAAUAAAAAGAAUCGGAUACUGGAUAUCCGAAAUAUCUGAUGCGAAAAUUUCGGAUAUCCGAAGCUUUCAGAUUGGAUAUCGGAUAUCAGAUAUCCUAAUUUCGGAUACGGAUAUCCGAUCCGAAAAUGGAUUUCGGAUCGGAUAUCCUAUCCGUGCUCACCCUAAUUGCCAAUCGGGUAAUUUUGCUUUUGUUUUGUUCAAUUUCGUUUUUUUUUCUGUAGUGUGUUUGUGUGUUUUGUUUCUGGGCUUGGCCCACUUUCUCACCAAAAAUAAAUAUAUAAAAACUUCGUUAUAAAAACUCUUUAGCGCUAAUUGCAAAUCACAUUAAAUCAAAUUCGAAUCAUCAUCCUCCUCUUUCUCUCACUUCACACGCACUUCACAUCAGUUGCAGGUACUCUCUCUCGUUAUCUUCUUAUGCUAAUUAGUUUGUCAUUUCUCAUCAGCAAAUCGCUGGUUUUUGAAUCCAUGCUCUCUUCCGUUGCAAUUUGAUGCAGAUUUCAUCAGUUUUGGCUGAGGUUUGAGCAAUUUCUUCACGAUUUUUGGUGCGAUUGCAGUCGGAUCUUCGUCGUUGAGAUGGAAGAACAAAUAGAAUCACUGAUCUUGGAAAAACUUGAAGAAAUUAAACAAGAACUUAAGGAAAUUAAACAAGGAGGUUUCAUAGGUCAACAACAUGCUGAAGAAGUUCCUACUAAUGGAAAUCAGUACGAAAUUGGAGAUUUUCUAAACAGUGGAGCUUAUGGUGCAGUCUUCACAGUUACUGAUGUGGAGAAGCAACAACAAUUUGCUAUGAAGGUGAUUGCAUUGCAGAAUAAUGAAAUCACUGAAAGUUUGGUCAGAGAAAUGUUUAUUCUAAGGGACACCCAACAUGAAAAUAUUGUUAGGCUGGAAAAAAUCUUUAUUUCACCAAGUAGUGUAAACUUAGUGAUGGAAUAUGUGCCAUACGAUUUGCAAAGUGAAUUGGAGACGAACCCAAAUGCUUAUCAAUCUCCUUCUGAGAUAAAGAAAUAUGUGAAGCAAAUUCUUGAUGCACUGUCAUAUUUGCAUAAAAAAGGCAUCAUACAUAGAGAUGUGAAGCCAGAAAAUAUUUUAGUUCAAAAAAUUGGAGUUGGAGAAAAGCAGCUCAAGAAGCUCAAGCUUGCUGAUUUUGGUUCUUCAAAGUUUGUUGGUGGUUCACAUACCCCACAGGUAGUGACACUCCAAUACAGAGCACCAGAGAUUUUACUUGGUAGUGUAAACUACACAACCGCAGUGGACUUAUGGUCGGUAGGAUGUCUCUUCUAUGAAUUUUUGAUGGCUAGGCCACUUGUUGAAGAUCAUUCCGAAUCUGAGCUCCACGUCAUCCAACAAAUUUUCAAGAAGUUGGGAACCCCAACUGAAGCAACAUGGGCUGGAGUGUGUUCCCUCCCAAACUAUCCUACUGAUAUGCCACAAUUCAUUGAAAAGGAACUUGAAGGUGAAAUUAGUGCUGAAUUGGAUUUUGAAGGCAGGGAUCUUAUAUUGCAAUUACUCAGUGUUGACCCAAGCAAGAGGAUUACAGCUGAGAUGGCUUUGGAACACCCUUAUCUACAAGGUGUGUAGGCUACUAGGCUCUGCAUUCUAGUGGUAUAGUAACAAUUACUAUGGUAUAGUAUAGAAAGUCUCAAUAAGAGAGCACAGUUACAACUUUUGUAAAGGCUAUACUUUGAAUUUGAUAGCAAGUAUUAUAUUGAUAGUGGAUAUAAGUACUUUCAUUUACUCUUUGUAAUGACAGGCAAAAAGGGGAUAUAUUAAGGAUUUCACCAACAAAAUAAUCAUCAUUAUGUUUUUUUAAUUUUAAAGUGUAUUUUGUGUUGGAUGAUUAAUUUGAAAUUUGUCCUUUGUUCAAUGUGUUACUUUAUAAAAAGCUUGGUUAAAUAUCAAAAA